AUGAUUUUAACUAUUUUGCUUGUCUCAUUAUUGGCCUUUUCCGGCCACGCGUCGGCGGUAUCAUGGUAUUUUCUGCGGUACUAUCCGGCUUCCGGGGAGAAAUUUACGUCGUUCUCCGGGGAGAUGACGAUUCCGCCUAUACCACGGGCCGCGACGUAUUAUUUAUGGCCGGGAUUACAGCCUACUGAUAAUAGUGGCGUCUAUCAGAAUGUCCUUGAUGGGCGGAGCGGGACGUGGUGGAUUGGAUCGGGGUGGUGCUGCUCGAACCCUAGCCUGCCGUGGGGGAGCGGGUUCAAUACUUAUUCUGCUGAGAAGAUUACGUUCGAGAAUAAGCUGGAUAGUAGUGGUUCUACCUGGACGUCGACCCUCACCCGUCAAUCUACUGGUGAGAAGGUGACGAAUAGUUUCGCGUUAGCCAGCAAGUCUUUCAAUCAAGCUCUGUUUGCCAUUGAACUAUAUGACGUGAGUUGGGACUUCGGUCAGCUCGCAUUCUCGAAUGUUGUGAUUACAAGCACUGGUACCGAUUCGAGUUGGUGCAACACGACCCCAGAGAAUUAUAAUUCGGCCACAACGUAUUCUAUUACAGGUUUAAGCGCAAGUGCCAGUGGUGGUACGGUGACCUGCAAACUCGGAUCAGUCAUUCUCCAGAAGCCAGCUUGA